AUUCUGCCUAUCACAUUCUGCCUGAAUUUUGUCGCAAACGGCGUUCCAUAUUUCACAACUAAACAAAUAACCCAGGCGCAUGGCAUGUAGGAAGUAACCUCACCACAUGAAAUUUAAUUAUACCAUGGUGUAUUAUGUUCAAGGCUAAAAAACUUACUUGCAUGCAUGCAUGCACGUUGACAAGCUAGCUACAAAGUUGAAGGCAGCCUAAAUAGACUCUGCAUGUGAACUACAAAUUAAGCUAGCAAAAUUGUAUUCAUGCGAACUGGCCUUGGCGAUGCUGUAUGGGGAAGUAUAAUUAGUUUCUUUUCUUAAACCGCUGUGCAUAUAUAAUUAUUAUAGUGCUUGACCUAAAACUACAGUAUGCUGUUCUCAAAGCUGUGCAUGCUGCGGCUUGCAUUUGUUCAGCAAACUGAAUUACAACACCUAUACUUAUAAAUAUUUUAUUGGUCGUUUUAGGCUUCAUCACAUAUUAACUUGUUCUAUACAUGCUAUAAAUCACGCGGAGGGAUUAGCACUUCAAUGCUCUAGCUCUAUAGUCUGCCAGUAACUUGUAUAUAAGCUCGUCACAUUAAUUUUACGGGCUCAACAAUAGAUAGUAUACAGACUUCUGCCAGGCUAUCUUGAAAACUAUGGUAAAUUUAGUGUAUAGAUCUACCAUGAAGUGAUCCAAGUAGAUCUAUAUAGAUCUAACUCACUUUUACAUCACGAAUUGGCAGCAACCUACCACAGCUAGCUGCAUGUGGUCAGACUAUGAGAUAUAUUCAAGUAGACUGUAUAUCCAAUGACCCUUUUUGUUGUUGUGGGAGUAGAAUGGGUAAAGAUGCUUGCUGAGAGUUGUGACUUCUGAGCUCUGAAUGUGGUAGUAGCCACAAACAAGACAGCACCACUAUAUACACCUAUAUUAAAUCUAUAACCUAUAGACAUUGGCCAUUUCAUACAACUGUUACAGCAAUCCAAUCGUAUUUGAGUAAUUUCAGCAAACACAAGCAGAAUGUGUGGACUCAGAAUCCACACUUGCAGAUAUAUGUUCCUGUAAGUUGUGCGGCAUGCAUGAGUGUGCUGCUAAGGACAUAUUGUGGUAUAUAAGUUAUAUACUGGUCAUCUACUGUGUGUGUAUAUAUGUACACUGUAUAUAAAUAGCUGCCUUAUAAAAAGAGUUGACCCCCAAUAGAAGUGCCAAGCUAAAUGAUGGCCAUGCAUGAACAACUGUGUUGUAAUGCAGCGUGUAAUCCUAUGUGUUCAAUUGCGAGAUUGAUUCAUCUGUGUAUUGUGUAGGAAAUGUGUAUUAGGCCUUGUGAAGGAGGCUAGAUCCUGCCAUGCAUGGAACUAUCUGUACUAUAUUAGAAACAGCCUCGUCCAUUGCAGUGUUCACUAAUGACAAUGAUAAUGGAGGAGAAGACACUGAUGAUAAUACUGUCGACGACAACGACAAUGAUGAGGAUAGAGACGACAACAUGCCAGAAAGACCAAUCACCCCAGAUCCAAAUUCAGAUUCCUCUCUAGGGAUUAUUAUUGGUUCAUCUGUUGGAGUCCCAGUGAUUCUCAUAGUACUGCUCGUAAUGUUCCUUGUUCUCAUGUUCAUCUGGAGGUCCAAAACGUGGGAGAGAAAGUUCCAAGACGUUACAGAGGCUCAAGUGGAGGCUACUUUCAGACUAAGCCACACUAUGCGAGCUCAGGACCCAUAUUCUGCAGACCCUCGAUAUGCCACAAGGCCAAUCAAAACCAUAAAAUUCCCCCCUGAUCCACUAUCCCCGUACUUCAAUCCCCUUACCCCAUUCCCCGGUCCCUCAUCAACCAUCUUCCUCCCUGAUACUGACACGGAGGAUACGUAUUCGUCAAUUGAUACGAGGCCACUCCCUGCUGUACCACCUCAAGAGUCUGAUUAUGAGGACGGAUACAUACUGACGGUGGCGCCUGCACCACGACGAGAUGUGCUGCCUGGAAUUGUUAUUGGUAAGCAGUCUGCUUAUUAGAAGGCUAUACAUUACUGUAACAGUGAGAACUGAAUGCAUGCAUGGUUACCACAUGUAUAAUAGUCUGGUCAACAUCAUUAUGUGAUCACAGAUACGUGUAGCUAAUUAUUAAAGUAUGCGUUUGUUUUGCUUAUCCAAACAUAAUGGGGACAUCCAAGUUAAGUCAUGUUUCAUGUUUAUGUCAUGCACCGCUGCACUUUCCUUGUUUCUUUAACUCUUGUCUUAUACCCAUGCACUGCUGGUUUUCCCCACGAGUUUCACAGCAAUCAUUGUACUAAUUAUGUAGACAGUGCAUUAUUAUAAUUAUAGUGCAGUGCAUUUAGCUAAAUGGUGCCAAGUCCAAAUCAAUUGAGUGGGCUAGCAAUCAAUAAGUAUACACUGGGACUAUAUAUUGUGAAAAACCAUUGCAUCCAGACAAAUCAAUGCAGUAAUACAGAAAUAAAUUUUACAUCCAAGAAGAAUGACUUUGCCCAGUAUACUACGUCCUGACAUGCAAGUCCAUGCAGCCCUUUUUAUGAUCAAAUAUUAAUCACAUCACAUGGGUGCCUAAAAAGGGAGCGUGGCCACCCAACAAAAUUCACGCUACGCGCUCGCAAUUAUACCUAGAUCCGGCCAUUUUUGUGUACACAGGCACUACACAAGUCAACACAUGCACUCCGUCACUGCUAUACACAUUCGAAAUCUAGUACACAGUUAUUACUAGUAUCGCGAUAAAAAACCUUUGCGAAUGAGCCAAAUCAUGAUCAGCGUAGAAAUUGACCCUUUGCGAUCUAAUAAUUGCAAGGAUCAUGCCUCUUUACUAUAGUGUUUUGCGAUUUUAUUGUUGCGAAUUGAUCAACCCUCGCAAAGUUCACACACGUUUGAUGCUCCCAAAACAUUCUAGGUAUAUAUGCAAGAGUUUAUAAGGUGUGAAGUAUUAACACAAUACACAGUAUUAAUCAACACUAUUAAAAAUAUGAAUAUUGGAAUACUGAGUGAGGUGUUAUACUUACAGUUCUUGAAUUCUGUCUUCUCCAGAACAGAGUACAAAAGAGGUAUUCAGACAGCUGCAUGUGUUGGGACAGGUAGCUCCUGGACGUGGAGGU